UAUUGGAUACUAGAUUGUUUGAAAAUGGCGACCUCCGGCGGCGCACCUGAGCUCGUGGAUUUUAUUUUGCGUUGAAAGAUGCGCAUACAGCGCAAUAUGGUGGUACCAUAACUCCUGACAUUAUGGUGUUUCGUGUCUAUUGAGUUUCUUUGGAUUUUCGUGUAAAGUGGAAGAAUGGCAUCGUCAGAAACACCCGAAGCGAUGGAGCUGGAGAGUCCAGAAGAUAUCCGGAAGGAGAUUGAUCAGAAACUGGAGGAGGAUGGCGUGUCACAAAUUGACUGUACUGAUGAGGAUAAACUCCUAUUGGUGUGGAAACUUUACCAGAACACUGAGGCUACUCUGCAAACAGCAAUUGAAAAUGAAGAAAAGUUGAAACUUGCUCAGACGGCAGAAAUGCAAGAAGUUGAAAACUAUGUUGAACACAUACGCCACCUAUCAGAUGAAAGAGAGGCUCUUAUUCAAGAACUAGAAACCGAGAAUGAUCAACUGAAAGGAGACAUAACACAGUUGAGGCAUGACCAGAAUGUGGAAGCAGUGCAAAAUGAAACAGCGGAAAUGUUGAUUCAGCAAGGCCUGGACGAUAUUGCGAUGGUCUCGACCAGUGAACAGAUUGCGUUUCUCCUCGUUGAGCGAGCGCGACUUCUUGAUGAGUUGGAAGCUGAACAAAGUAGAACAUUAUCUCCCAUGGAAGCUUUAGCUAUUACAGACGGCAGUGCUGUGACAGAUGACAAUGCUUCUGAGGAUGUUUUGAAACGAACUCUUGAAACGGAACGAAACGAACAUGAGGAGGAAUUGAUUCAAGCAAGAGAAAGUAUUCGCUCACUGAAGACGAACUAUGAGGAAGAAAUUAAUGGGCUUAUGGAUGAAAACAAUAAAUUAGAGGAUGAACUUGUGCAGACAAAAGAAAAGUUGGUUGACAGCGAGAAAGAAAAUACAGUGCUGAAAGACGAACUACACCAGAUGAAGUCAGAUUCAGUGGAAUACUUUUCAGAUUCACGAGCAUCAACUCCUCGAGUUGGACGUCCACCGAGUCCCGGUCGCAUGCCUAAUGAUGUGGCCCUCCGAAACAUCAUCCAGGAAAAGACUAAGCUUGAGGGAGAACUCCUGACACUCAAAUCUCAAAUCCGGACAUUGGAAACGGCUAACGAGGAAAUAUCUCAAAAGUUGAAGGGUGUUGAGGAGGAGUUGGGAAAGACACAGAGUCUGUAUCAACAACUACAGAUGAAAAACAGAAGUCUUAAAUCAGAAAUAGAGGAGGCAGAACAACAGCUGGACGAAGCCGAGAGUAACAUUGAUGAGCUAUCAGUAGAUAGGGAAAAAAUGAAAGAAAGUCUGAAUUCUACAGAAAAUGAAAUGAAAACACUUAGAGCUGAACUCCAGGCCUCCAGCAGCUUAAAGGAAAUUGUAGAUAUUCUGUCUUCAGAAAAGGGCCAGUUAACAGAAGAACUUGGAACGUUAAAAAAGGAAUUUGACGAAGUCUGUAUUGAGAAGGAAGAAUUAGCCGAGGAAAAGUUAAUGAUGAGUAAGAGUGAAAUUGAGCUUACUAAUCAGCUACAUACUUUGAAGUUUGAACUUGGAAAUACUGCUGAUCAAAGUGAAUUUCAAAAACAGUCUGACGAACUUUCACGGACAUUAGGAUUAUUAGAUAGCGCAGCCACAGAACUGGAAAGUUUAAAAAGUAACACUGAUAUUCUAACAAAGGAAAACAAGGAGCUGCUUAAUCGGCUUGAGGUGGCAAAUGAGGAACUCGAGACUCUAAAACGCGAAGGACAGGAAGUGGCUAAACAAGACCCAAAUGUUAUUAUAUUGGCCCAUGUCAAGGAUCAGAACCAAAAACUGUCUAAAGAAGUUAACAUGCUAAGUACUGAUUUAGAGCACAGCAAGAAAGUGGAAGGCGAUUUGAAUCAAAAGCUGGAUGAUUUACAGCACCAACAUGAUGAGGCCAAUGACAGGUAUAACAGAGAGGUAGAAGAUUUGAAGUCAAAGCUCCAGCUAACUUUCACUGAGCUAGGUAAAUCAAAAACUCUUUUGGAGGAACAGUAUGAACAGAAUAGUGAACUACAGGACCAGCUGCAGGAACUGGAGCGCACUCUUAAUGAAACAUGUCAGACGAAAAAUGUCAUAGAGACUAAAGCAAACGAGGCCAACCAUCUCAGCCAGCAAAUCAGUGAGCUGGAGCACCAACUGUUAGAGAAAGGCACAUUUGAACAAAUGUUUGAAGAAAAGAAAGACGAAAUAUCAUUAUUAGAAAAAGAAUUGGAUGAGUUGGAUGGGUUGAAAUGUGAACUGGAGGAUACACGAGAUCAGCUAGAGAAAGAACACAGUAUUCGUUUAAAAAUGGAGUCUACCAUACAUGAGUUAGAACAGAUUAUUGAUGACCAGAAAAUGGAUCAUGAUAAUUUACAGCAAAGUCUGAAUGCUAAGUUAAAAACUUAUGAAAACCGUGUGAAGGCAUUACAAGAUGAUUUAUUUUCUGCCCAAGAUGAGAUUCAAACGAUGCAGGAUGUUCAUGAAAAGGAGCUACUGAAGGUGAAGGCCACGACCGUUGACCUUCAGGAGAGAAUGCAGGCGGAGAGAGGUCAAAGUCUUCAGGCUGAGGUCAACAGUGCUAAUCAAAGGAUUGAUGCUCAAAAAAUAGAGAAUCUUGAGCGACAGAUAGAAACGUUGAAGAUCCGUCUUGCGGAAUCAAACAAAGAACUGGAGUCAGUGACACGUGAGAAAAGUGCGAAAGAUCACGAGAUCAAGGUGCUAAACGAGUCUGUUAAACAGAACGAGAUCGACGGCCGAACUGUGAAUACCCUUAAGAAGGAACUGACCACUGCCCAGAGAGAACUUGAGCACUUACGUCUGUCCACAAAGUAUAGUGAAGACGAGAGACAGCGACACAUGGACAAAAUCCACUCCGUGGAGGAUUUCUCUAAACAGUUGGAACUGGACAAUAGGGAGAUAGCUAGUAAAUUGUCAGAUUCAACCGCAAAAGUGAGGAACCUAGAGGAUCAGCUUAAGAGAGACAAACAACGCAAUUCAGACAAACAGUAUCAGAGUAGCCUCCAUGUAACACAGGUAGAGAAAGACUUGGAGGAUAGCACCAAACAAAAUAGACAACUCCGCGACGACCUCCAGAAGAAACAGACUUACGUGAUGAGGCUUGAGGCAGACGCCAUAGGCAAUGCUGCAAAGUAUGAGAGUACGAUAGCGAGGCUGGAGACAGAACUCGGAGACAUGAAGGCGUAUCACAAGAAGGAAGUAGAAAGUACACAAGACAGACUGGACGCAGCCAACAGGGAGCUGGGUCACCUCAGGGAACAGCUCAGGGACAAAGAACAGGAGACCAGUAACCACUUACAGGAAGUGAGCCGUUCGAAGGGUGCAACAGAUCGCCUCGAGGCUCAACUUCAGACAGAGAUCAAAAUACGCACAGAUAUGGAAAACCGCAACACAGCUCUCGACCAGGAGGUUAGCAAGAUCCUGAGAUCUAGGAAUGUGUGGACACAGGUGAGGACACUUAUGGAAAAGAAUGCGUCGCUGGAAGCCAGCAAACGAAGCCUGGAGGAUGAACUGGAGCGGAAAAGAUCAACAACUCGUCAGUCGGAGACUUCUUUUGCUCACUCUGCAGCCUCCCAGGAAGUUGCCAUGAAAUCGCUUAACUCACGUGCAGACCUUGCAGAGAAACGGGUGUUUGUCCCAAAAGCUCACAUAUUCGUUGAUAAAGCGGAGAAACUGCAGCAAGAAUUCAACGAUGUGUCUUUUAAACUUCGCUCUGUAGAACACCAGCUAUCUCAGGCUGAUGAUCUAAAACACACACUCAUGGACAAAAAAGAGCAAAUUUCACAGCUUCGAAAUCAGCUUGAAGCGGAAAAAUUACAAAGAACUCUACUAGAUCAAACUGUUUCUGAAUUGAAACACCAAGUACAACUCCUAAAACAAAGGGAAUCUAAGGUAUCAGAGCAAAAUCGGGAGCUCCAACACACGAUUCUUGAUCUCGAAUCAAAAAUGGAGGACAUGGCCGAUCGAAACCAGACUUCACUGGAAAUGGAUUCAAAUGCUUAUUUAGGCAACUCCUGGGAAUCCAAGCAGCAACAUUUGUCCGACGUUGGUAAGCGCUCGCUGAUGGAUCAGAUCACACGACUACAAAAAGAGGUGAAAGACCUUCAGUACGAACUUCUUACUGUUAAUGAGCGGCGAGAAAUUCAGGAGAGGAAGUAUGAGGACCGAAAAAUGAAAACGAAGCACAAACUUAUGAGAGCAAGCUCGGUUUCCCCGGGUGAUCUCAUUCGUGUUUGUAUGAAAGAAUUUUAUGCGAAAGAAAGAAACAGAAUGACAGAACAGAUGACUCGAAUGGAUGAAGAUUUGUCCCUAACAAGGUCAACGUUAAGAAAGGAGCUUGACUGGAAAGAAAAGAUAGAUAAAAAUUAUCAACAAUUACUUCAUGAAAAACGCGAUCUUUUAUCACGGCUAGCCGACCAGGACGAGACGUUGAGAGAGAAGGGCCGUUCAGUAUCCACAUUACAAGUCCGCGCCAAGUACCUGGAGGACGAGAAUUCACGGUUACUGGAUCGCAUCGAGCUUAUCAGUCAGCAAAAGCUUGGCAUCGAUAAAGUGCUCAAAGACUUCAAACUUGGACAAGACAGGGAGUUAACACGGUCUCUGGUCAUUUCCCCGGACAGUCAGCAUCCUCACAGCUUGACCGGUGGAACGAGUGGCCUUGGUAACAGUGUGGACUCAAGCUGGGCCAACGAUUUCCGUGAUCAUAAUGUACUACCCUUCCGGACGCAAACCUCAAAUGUCGACUCUUACCUCAACCGAAAUUAUCCAAGCGGCACCGUGGAUUUGUACCGAGCCGAGACAGGGAGCGAGGAUUCAUACAGCCACGAGUUUGAUGCGUAGUUCAAAGAUUCAUUAGUUUUUUUUUUAAUUUAAGCUAGGAAAGUUCAUUAAUAGAAAUCCAUGUGCAUGCAAGAGGUAUUCAUUUCAUGCUGCAAGACAACGAUUAUUUGUUUGUGCAAUUUUUCCAACGACUUAUUCACGAGAGUUUGAAUUUUCGAAAUGAAGGAAUACCAUUUCCAUUGUUUGAGUCCGGUAUAGUUGUGUCAGUCGUUGUCUCUCGUCAUCAAUCAACGUAAAAUAUAAGACGUUAAUAGUACUACUAAUAUCAUAUAAACAUUAUCAUAGGAUCAUUCAUCAUAGAUAUACGAGUGUUUAUCAUGGGUAUAUAUGAGAGAAAGGUCAAAGAAUAUGAGAACUGAUAUGAGUAAAUCUGACCACCACUUAGACUGUCCUUUAACUAGACAAUAUUGAAGGUGUAUGUUGGUUGUUUGUUUUUAUUAUUAUUUACAAAUCUAGCCGAUCUGGCUGUGAUCGAUUCGCCGAUAUUGGCAAUGAUUUAUUGUUUUGAUAUCGUAUAAUUUUAUUCCAUAAAUAAGAUACUCAUACAGUUUUAAUAUUUAAAUAUUUAUCAUGAUUUGUGUUGUUCUGUGUGACCGACACGUACGAUUCCAUCCAUAAACAGUUGAUGUAGUUAUUAUUGAACGCACCGAGGAGAUCUCAUGAUAAAAAAUUCCAUUCCAGAUGACAUGCCUGCCAACAUUUGAGCUGUAGGGCAGAUAAUUGUUUUUAUAAUUAGUGAUUUUAUUAUUAAUAUCAUAAUCAAUAUACUGGAUCCCCGUCCAAAACAUAAGUGUUUUAAUCAUUUACAUUAUAAUCAAUAUACUAAGUCGCCGUCCAAGACAUAAAUGAUUGACUGUUUGCCCCAUGUGAGCCAAAAUAUUUCCCACUUUCUCCAAAGACUGGUAAAAUACAUUAUUUUGCUUCUAAACCAAAACGUCUCCAUUGUAUUCUGCUUUCCGUUGAAUUUUGGAACACUUUUUCAGCGACAUUUUUGCCUGAACUUUUUUUUUAAUUAUAUAUCUUUUUUUCACGUGAUAAAUAAUAAACCUUUAAUAUAAUUAAAGUGAAUAUGUGUCAAAGAGCACAUCAAUGGAGUAAGUGGGGAUGUAUUUAGUGAAUUUACCUGGCUUUAUAGUCAAUCCAUCCUUUAGCAGUAUGUACUAGUCAAUUAUAGAAGAUAAUUCCAUCCAAUUACAUCAAUUACAGUUACUGUAUAUAUGUAUAUUUCAGUUCAAAAUUGUUUAUGGGAGAAAUGAUAUGUUUUUACCGUAUGAACUUCAUAUGACAUCUGACACCAAUCGGGAUAAAACCUGUGCCAAGUAAUUUUACAUGUCGCUGACCCGUUCAAUUUGUUAAAACACCUAUUUUUUUUAUUCGCUUCUAAUUAGAAUUGAUUCGGCACAGGAAUAACGAAUGAUGUAUGUCGAGUUUGGCGAUAACAUAUAGGAUAAGAACCGGUUUUGUAUUUAAAGUUAUUAGUUUGAUACGAAUUAUGGAAAUCAGAAUUAUAUCUAAUGGAAUGUUUAUCUAUCAAUCAGCAUGUUGAAUGAUAAAGAUUUUGUUGUUGUUGACAUUUUCAAUAGAAUUAUUUGUUAAGAGUUAAAAACAGCUGGAUUAAUGCUUCAAAAAGUAUUUGCUUUCUUCCAAUCAUACACAUGUACACAUACAGAUGCAUUAAAGUCCUACCAUAUCAAUAUAAGUUUGUAUUUAACUAAAUUACGUAUUUCCAAUAUUAACCUACCAUAUUUCGCUGAUAUACCCCUUCCAUUCUUGUACACCUGUACAGAAUAAUGGUAUACGUACUAGAAAGUACAGUUGUUUCGAGUUUUUUCGUCCUAUUAACACGGCUUCGAUAACAGUAAUAAUGCCCAGUUCUUCUAAUAUAUUUUCAAAAAAUUGCAUCACAUAACACCUGUUUUAUACAAAUUGUCAUUGAACCUGUACAGUUUCUCUUCAUGAGAAUAUGAAAAGACGAAGAAGAUGAUAAGAUAAUAAUCGAAAUAUUUCAACAGUAGACAGAGUAUUUGUACAUGUGGUGUUGCAUAACCCGGGUUAGUUUCGUAACAAAAGGGAUCACUGGAACUGAUUUGGUUCAUGAAUUAAAGCUCACAAAUAUUAAUCCUUCUGGAAGACGGGUUUCAUGCAAUUCCCAUGAACAACCUUAUGUUAAAAUACCCAUGUUGCAGAAAUGUAAAACGUCAAUGUCCACUGCAGCUGAUAUAAGAAGUAUAUGUUUGUUACUGAUCGAAGUACAUUCAGUAAGAAUGUGUUCUCUCUGGUAGGUUAAUUAUCUGGAAGUACAACAAAUUCUUUAAAAAUUGUAGUUUAGUCGUAAUUUUAUAUCCCCUCUCAUCUCUUUACGGUAUCUAUAUCGUUCCAAUAUUUUUGUAGAUAGGCCUAUCGGGCCUCUUCUUGUAGACAGCUCUGGAAAGGUAAUACGGUUGUAUAGAGAUGCAGGAAGUUAAUUAUAAAAAAAAACUUUUUUUUGAAAACUAGUGAUCUCUAGCUUAGUAUCUUUGUUUCCACUCUAGAUUUAAUAGUUACUAGUUAUACUAAAAUUUGAUGAUUAUUGUAAACGAUCCUAUUUUGGCGAGUUCAAAUUUUAGCGCAAAAGCCAAUCAAAACGAAUUAACGGAAUGAUAAAUUAGCGGACCGAUAAUGCUGGUUAGAUCAACAAUGAAUAUAACUACCAUUAGCGCUAUCACAAUAUCUAGCAGAACGAACAACGCUAACAUGAUAUUACCGCUGAAAUAUGAUCGUUUACAUUUUAUGAUAGGAUUUUUAUACAUCUAAGUAUGUUAUCGAUAUAUUCAUUUUCACAUGUGUAGAAAAAACCCUCACUAUUUUUAUUUUUGUCAGCGACCAUGUGAAUAAAAUCUUCAGACUUUGUUCCUGGUGUUAAAAUAGGUCAUUUUACCCGUGUAACACUAACGGACGGAAUCAUGUUAUGUUUUCUGCUAGGAGGGAGCAAACUUGAUCAAACAAAACUGUUAAGGGGACUUACAAAUUACGUAAUGAAGAAAGAAACGCUCUGGAAAAAAUGCAAUUACUUUUUUGAAACAUGUAUCCGGCUGUUCAGCAUUAUUUUCAUAUUCUAUGUAAAAUCAUUUUUUGUUACAAAGUUCGCAUUGUUGUGGUGUUCACUGCUGUGUUAAUUUUCAGUGUCAUUCCGGUAAAAUUGCACUGCCAAGAAAAUUUCGCAAACUAUUAGAAGUCCAGAAAGAAAUCAUUACAAUGGUUUUUACACGAGACGUUGCAUGAACAGACCCUUUGGCAUCACACUUCCAUGGAUGUGUAGGAUAUUGUAUGCGAGAUUAUCCAAUCUGUAUCAAAUCUAUGCAAUUCUCUAACUGAGCAUCAUUUAUUUGUUUAUAUUUGCUCACGAUAGUUUGAAAAACUGCCAUAGCUGUAAUAAGGUAUUGGUAACGCUAAGGAAUUAACUUAAAACAUUUAAAAAAAAUUAUGUGUCAUUGCGAAACAUAAAUCUUACCAAUGUCCUGUUCCGUACAAAACUAACAUUAAGUACAAUAAGCCAACAAAAAGACAGCAUCACGGGAGACUAUUUGAAUUUAUUUCUGUUCUGUCGAGUAACCGCUUAGUAAGAGGCCACCAGUCAAAUUUAAAACACUUGGCUAUGAUACACCUGAUAUGUACCGUCUGUUCAAAUUAACAUACUUUUAAACAUAUGCCUUUUUUAAAUGUCAUACUAGGUGUUUUUUAGUGUUUUAUAAAGUACAAUGUCAUGUCGCAUAUAAUUAUGUAAAAGUAAUAAAAGAUUCUCUUUUUUGUAUUGGACCUUUAAAGAUAGACUGUGAUAUAUUCUUUUAACAUUCUGUAUUGUUUUUAUAUUGACAUCCAUCCAUUAAAUCAUUAUCUGUCUCGUUCUUUACAUGUAAUUUAUAUUUAAUUGACUUAUACGUUUUAAUUAAAUUUUACUCAUUAUUGACAUCUACGUGAAAUGAAAUGGGUAUUGCUUGUGUCUAUUGUUAUCAUUUGUGAUAGGUAUUCCCUAUUAGUUAACUUGAUUUUUUUUAAAUAGUAUAUAUAUAUAUUGUAAAUUGUUGCGUAGUUUUUCACAUAUCAUUAGACCACUGGAUAACAUAUUUGUUAAGUAUUGUCUAACAAAGCAAUGAAUAUUUUCUUAAUGUACGGAUAGUACGGUUAUAGUAAAAGUACGGUUAUAUUAAGGCCCUCCCAAUCUGUGAAAACUCCCUAAAGUGCUUGUUUCAAAUCGUACGAAUUGUUUCACCGGUCAUAAAUGAUUUAUCUUUGAGGCAUAUAAUUGUUUUUCAGCGGGUUUUAAAAUGCCAAGUUUGAUAAUACAACAACACUGCUGCAGGUAAUAAUUUUGUUCAAUUUUAGUAAUUAAUUGAAUAUGCCUAUUUUUCGUCAUAUGUAAUAAUAUAAUUAAUACAUUUGUUUUAGAUUUCAAAUACAUUUAGUAACCAGGCCAAUGUCAUCCUUUAUUCAUAUCAAAUUAAUAUUAUUAAUGUUCAGCGCUGAUUCAUUGCCAUUGAAUAUGACUGAAGAAUAAACGAUAUUUAUAUGUGUGUAAAGUAUGCUUGUGUAAUGGAUGUACAAUAAAUACCAAAAUAAGAUUUAUUAAUAUAUUUUUUGAUGCAUUCCAUAUUAAUCAUUUUGGUAUUUUUUCUUUAUACAUUAUAUCAUUGCAUAUUUAUACAAGUCGCAUGCUGAUAUGAAAGUAAAUGAUGUUUUAAUACAAAUCAAACAAUAAAAAAAUCCUUGCGAAAUAGAAUACGUA